UCAGCGGAGGACGGCUAUGGCUUCCCGGCGGCCCGCGAGGAGGCUCGUCCUCACCGCUCUCUGCCGCGCCUUCUCGGGCCGCGGCUGUCAGCUCGCCCCCGAGCGCGGCGCCGAGCGCAGAGAUGCGGCGCCGAGCCGGGUCUCAAGAUUCUGCCCUCCAAGAAAAUCUCGCCAUGAUUGGAUAGGACCUCCAGAUAAAUAUUCAAACCUUCGACCUAUUCACUUUUACAUCCCUGAAAAUGAGUCACCACUGGAACAAAAGCUAAGAGAAUUGAGACAAGAAACACAAGAAUGGAACCAACAGUUCUGGGCAGACCAGAAUUUGACUUUUCAUAAGGAAAAAGAAGAAUUUGUUCGCUCAAGACUCAAAGCCAAAGGCCUGGAUCUGAGAACCGAAUCAGGUCAGAAAGCAACGUUGAAUGCAGAAGAAAUGGCUGACUUUUACAAGGAAUUUUUAAGUAAAAAUUUCCAGAAGCACAUGUAUUAUAACAGCUCUUCCUGCACGGGUCAUAAUCUGCCUCCUUGGGGCAGGCCUCCUGAGGUUUCAAAGGACAGAACCUUAGGAUGCUUCAAGAGUGACUUCGUCACAGCGAGAGAAAAGCGCGUGGACGUCGCCAGAGAAGCCUGCACCCCCGGCAGAGAGGGACCCCUACACACCACAGCUGGGACCCACCGCCGCCAAAUAAAGAGUGGCUUCAGGAUGAGCCAAAAGCAUGUUCUGUAUUCAGACAAAAAGCAUACGUGGCUCUCAGACUUUGUAAUUAAAAAUUGUGAAAGGCGAGCUUGCUUUGAGAAGGAUCGGAAGCAGCAGCGCCCACAGUGGCCACGUCCUGGGCUGGGGGGUGGGGAGGGGACGACGGGUGUCUCGACACCCUGUGUCACCCCGGUGACAGGACGGCCGGAGCGGGGGGCGCGGUGCAAGGCACCCCCAGUCCUGGUGCCAGAGUCCCGAGUGGGUCUCCGGGCAUUUGCACUUGACAUAAAUUACAUGGCAGUUAGACACAGGGGACUCGAGAAGCGUUUUAGCAACAUGGGUCUUAAGGGUGGUUGAAAUGCAGUAACUGUAUGUUGUCUUUCUGUAAUAAUUUAAUGCCUAGUGGCUACUUGACUGAUGGUGUAAACCGUAUUGCUAGGUUCUUAAAUGCUGAGUGAAAUUAACUAGAAAUGACAGUGCUGUUUUCCUCUUCAGUUCUUAAACAUUUAAAAUUAAAUGAUGGUGUUAAAUGUUACUUUAGGUCACAAAUAAAUGCAAAUAAAAUUUUUAUUGAAGUCCAGUUGAUUUCUAAUAUCGUGUUAGUUUCAGGUGUAUAGCAAAGUGCUUCGAUUAUACAUAUAUAUGUAUAUAUGUAUGCCUAUGUUCUUUUUAAAUUAUUUUCCAUUAUAGUAAAUCCUUGUUUAUCAAGGAAAUUUUAAUUACGUUUAUUUACAUGUGGCGCUAGUGAUAAAGACUCCACAUGCAAUGCAGGAGGCCCCAGGUUCAAUCCCUGGUUUGGGAAAAUCCCCUGGCGGAGAAAAUGGCAACCCACUCCAGUAUUCUAGCCUGCAGAAUCCCAUGGACGGAGGAUCCUAAGGGCUACAGUCCAGGGGGUCACAAAGAGUCAGACAUGACAGAGCGCACACACACAUUUGACUCUAAAUUUGUAUGCUAAGUUUAAAAAAAUUAGGUUGUUUUAAGAUGAUUCUGUCACAGCCAUAUUUAAACGUUUUGAUAGACUUUUAAAUAAUUACAGAAUAAAAGUUAUCUCAGUUAUGUAUUUUAUUCUGCUUUUCCCAGAAAACAUCUCUGAUAGAUUUAAUGCUUCUGUUCUGAAUUAAAAAGUAGAAUAAAAUUGUCUCUCUCCCUC